AUGGAUUAAGCUUACUUAGAUGUAAUGGUAUUAGAAUUAAAUCCACUUAUGCCUCCUCAAGCAUUUUACUAUUUCCCUAAAGAGUAAGAAAUCAAAAUAGGUGUUAAAGAAAAAGCUUUGAGAAGAAUAUUUUAAGGUUAAGUAGAAUUUGAUGAUUUUGAGAAUAGUCAAAUAGAAAAAAUGAAAAAGUACCUAGCGAAACAUAAUGUUGUAAUUCCAGAGUGGUGGGAAGAUGGACAUAUACUUCGUUUUUUAUAUGCAAACUAAUUUAAAAAUGAAAAAACUCUAAAAACAAUAAAAUCUCAUAGUGAAUGGAGAUUAAAAACACUUCCAAUAGAAUACAAAGAUAGCAUAGAGAAAUAUUUAAUGAAAGGUGUAUUUUAUAUGCAUGGAAGAGACCAUAGAUAUCGCCCAAUUAUUAUUAUAGAUGUAUCAAAAAUUAAUGUUCACGAAAUUAAAAUUGAAGAAAUUCUUGAGUCCAUGACCUACUUUUUUGAAUUUAUUCUUAAAUAUGCUAUGCUUCCUGGUUAAAUAGAAAACUGGGUGGUAAUCAUGAAUUUAAAUAAAAUUGGUGUUUCUUCUCUUCCCAUUUAGGCAUUAAAAAGUUUGAUGACUUAUCUUUCUAGUAAUUAUAGAAGUAGAAUGUUUGCCACUUAUGUCAUAAAUACUCCAACCUCUAUAUUUUUACCUUGGAGUAUUAUUAAAGGAUUUUUAGAAGAGGCUACUAUUUAAAAAAUAAACUUUUCUAAGGAUGGAAUUCCUGAAAAACUAUUUAAGCACACUCAUAAAUCGCAAGUCGAGUAAAAAUUUGGAGGAACAGCUCCAAUUACUAACGAAUAUUGGCCACCUAAAGAAAUUAGCAGCGAUUAUUAACUAUCAGACGAAAAUAAAGAUGGCUUAUUUAUUUCUUAAAAGUAAUAUUAUGAUUUAUGGGAAGCAGGAAAGCUAAAAAAAAACAUCGUCUGCUAAAACUAUUUACAAAGUAGGCAUAACAAAGUUCCUAUGAACCAAAUUAAUAUUAAUAUAUUAGAAAACUCCGUAAUUAAUUUAAGUAUGAGUAACCUGCCAAAUAGAUCUAAUUUAAAUAUCUAGAAUCAAAAUGAAUUAGCUAAAAGCUUAUUUUUUAAAAUUGACAGUGCUCCUAAAAGUUAGGUCAAUAGAAAUAGGUAAAUGUCUUAGAGUAUAAGUUAAAUGAUCAAAAGUACAAUGAACCAAUAACAAAUGUUCGAUUCUAGGGGUACUGAUAAAUAAGCAAGUAGUAAAGAUUUAAAGGAAGCAGUUAAUAAAGAUGAUUUAUAAAACUCUGGUUAAAAGAUUGAAAGUCUUUCCUUGUCAAGUUAUUAAUAGAAAAUCGAAAGAAGUUAAGAAAAAGCAGUAAAGAUAUAACAAACGAAUGAGCAAGUCACAAGAGAGCAAAAAAAUAGCACUUCUUCUAUACACAAAACUACUUUAAACGAAACUAAUAAAAGCUCACUCUUAAAUUAAAAAAAUCCUUAGACAUCUAUUUUAAGUUAGGAAUCUACAACAAAUAAUAAAAUAAUUAAAGAAUAGCCUGAAACAAUUUAAGAAUAAAUGCUACUAGAAAAUUCACAAGGUUCAUUCCAAAUAGAUAUCCCAAAUGAAGACUUAAAUGUAAACCUUUUCAGUAACCUAAGUAGAAACAUCAAAACUAACUACAGAUAAGGAAAGUCAAUAAUGAAUAAGCUUAAUAACAUGCUCAACUCUUAAGUUUGA